GAACGCCCCCGCCGCCGGACCCCACGUCUCCAGAAGGCUCGUCGGGUCUCUCUUUCUCUCUCUUCGGGCUCCGGAAUCGGAACUCCGGCCUCCGGAGUCGGGCUCGGUCGAGGCACUGCCCGGAGCCCUCGAGCAAAGGGGGAUGUCUCUAAUUAGAAUCGCCGUUUCUGUCUUCAUCCUCCUCGCCGUGGUGGAAUCGGCAGCGGCGACGCGCUCGCCGUCGGCCGACGUGCAGAACGCCAUCUACUCCAACCGCAUCACCAUCUUCUCCAAAUCCUACUGCCCGUACUGUAUGCGUGCUAAGCGCAUAUUUCGAGAUCUCAAAGAAAAUCCUUAUGUCGUUGAACUUGAUCUCCGAGAGGAUGGCCAAGAAAUUCAAAGUGUUCUUCUAGACCUAGUUGGGCGCAAUACCGUGCCACAGGUGUUUGUGAAUGGCCAUCACGUUGGUGGUUCAGAUGAUACAAAAGAGGCUCUUUCAAAUGGACAGCUUCAUAAACUUCUUGGUAAGAAUCAGACCGAAUCGGAGUGAUGAUCUCCAGUGAAGUGGUAUUGUCAAAACCUUGUGAAAAAUGUCUAACACGCGGCAUUCCUUAUGGGAGGAAUGGGAUAGUUGUAUCUAUGGGCAUAUGGACAGGAUGUUGCAUCUCAUGCCAUCUUUUUUUUUUUGCUUGGAAGUGUUGUGACAAAAGUCUGUCUGUGCUUGAUUCUUUGAUUGCUCAAGUGCAUAUACAUUUUAACUGUUGUGCUAAUUUUACAACUUGUUUGUGGUCAUUAA